AUGAAGGCCUAUCAUUUGAAUAACAACAUUGUUGUCACCCAAGAGCAGUUGGAUCAUUGGAAUGAACAAUUAGCUAAGUUGGAAACGCCACAGGAGAUUAUUGUGUGGUCUCUUAUUACUUUCCCUCACCUUUUCCAAACUACUGCAUUCGGCCUAACGGGUUUGGUUACAAUUGAUAUGCUGUCGAAACUAUCUGGGAAGUAUUACAUGCCGGAAUUAUUAUUUAUAGACACUUUACACCAUUUCCCGCAGACGUUGACGCUAAAGGAAAAGGUCGAGAAAACGUAUUACCAGCCUAAAAAUCAAACCAUUCAUGUCUAUAAGCCGGAUGGAUGUGGGUCAGAAGCAGCAUUUGCUUCUAAAUACGGUGAUUUCUUAUGGGAGAAAGAUGAUGAUAAGUAUGACUAUCUGGCCAAAGUGGAGCCUGCACAUCGUGCCUACAAAGAACUACUUGUAAGCGCUGUUUUUACAGGCAGAAGGAAAUCACAAGGUUCUGCUCGUUCUCAGUUGUCAAUUAUUGAAAUAGACGAGCUUAACGGAAUUUUGAAAAUAAACCCAUUGAUCAACUGGACAUUCGAGCAAGUUAAACAGUAUAUAGAUGUAAACAAUGUACCAUACAAUGAACUUUUGGAUCUUGGGUACAGAUCCAUUGGUGAUUACCAUUCCACACAACCUGUUAAAGAAGGUGAAGACGAAAGAGCGGGGAGGUGGAAGGGUAAGACAAAGACUGAGUGUGGAAUUCACGAAGCCAGUCGAUUCGCACAAUUCUUGAAGCAAGAUGCAUAG